AUGACUACGACUACUACUACCACUACUAACCGGGAAUCAACGAUAGAGCAAGCUUCAAAUAACCCGGAGCUUUAUGGUUUACGAAGGUCACAAAGGAAUUCUUCUUCAUCCAAAUCAUAUCGUGAUUCGGAUAGUUCUACGAAUGAAGAAGAAGAAGAAGAUGAUGAUGAUGAACCGGUCCGUUUGUCCAGGAGGCGAAACAACUUACUUAGAGCUGAUGCUGAUGAUAUUGAUGAGAAAGACGUCGGGAUGGCAAAAAGAGCUGGUAGGAAUGUAGGACAUAACUCAGACGUGGAUGAAGAAGAAGACGAAGACUCCGAAUUAUCGGAUGCCGACGGAGAUGACUUAGAGCUCGAUUACUCAGAACAGGAGGAUGAUAAUGAUGAUGAUGAAUAUAAAUCUCCUGUAAGAAAGGCUAUAAAGAAAAAGUGGGUUUUUAAAACAAAAAAUAAUACGAUUCGCACAACUAAAAAAGUCAAUUACAGAGUCGAUCAAUCAGAUGAUGAGGAAGACGAGUAUGAUGAAUAUGAUGAAAAUAUUGAUCUCCUAGCGUCUGAUGACGAAAAUAGUAAUAGCAUUGAUGAUGAGGAAGAAAAUCUGCACAAUAUUGAUUUUGUCAUCAAUCACAGGUUUAAAGAAGAUCAUAAUAAAUCACUGGAUUGGACAAAGAUUGUUCCAACACUGGAGGAAUGUAAGGCAAACUAUGAUUUCUUAAUAAAAUGGACCGAUGAAUCACAUUUACAUAAUACCUGGCAAUCAUAUGAAUCACUAACAAAUAUUAGGGGUAUUAAGAAAGUUGAUAAUUAUUGUAAGAACCACAUUAUUCAAGAGCAACAAUUUAGGUUAGAUCCUUAUGUCACCCGAGAGGAUCUAGAAGUGAUGGAUAUCGAACAAGAGAAACGCCUACAGGAAUUCGAAGAGUUUCAAAAGCCAGAACGAAUAAUAGAUAGUGACCGUGUGAUUAUAGAUGGUGAAGGAAACUCCGAAUUGAAAUACUUAGUAAAAUGGCGUCAACUAAAUUAUGACGAAGCCUCAUGGGAAAAUGCUUCUGAAAUCGCGGACAUUGCACCAGAUAUUGUAAAACAUUUUCAAAAUAGGACUGAAUCCACAGUUUUACCUCAAUACUCAAGCAUGUACACAUCUGAGAGGCCAAGAUUCGAAAAACUAAGUGUUCAACCGUUAUUUAUUAAAGGAGGUGAAUUGAGGGAUUUCCAAUUGACUGGUGUGAAUUGGAUGGCAUUCUUAUGGUCGAAAAAUGAUAACGGUAUCCUUGCAGAUGAAAUGGGUUUAGGUAAAACAGUUCAAACGGUAGCUUUCAUUAGUUGGUUGGUAUUUGCAAGAAGGCAAAACGGUCCACAUCUUAUUGUUGUACCACUAUCUACAAUGCCAGCUUGGCAAGAAACAUUUGAGAAAUGGGCUCCAGCGUUAAAUGUAAUAUAUUACAUGGGUAAUCAGGAAUCAAGAGAUACCAUCAGAGAUUAUGAGUUUUAUACUAACCCGGAAGCUAAAGGAAAGAAACACAUAAAAUUCAAUGUCUUGUUAACCACUUAUGAAUACAUCUUAAAAGAUCGUUCGCUGUUGGGAGGAAUCAAGUGGCAAUUUUUGGCUGUCGACGAAGCGCAUAGAUUAAAAAACGCAGAGUCGUCGUUAUAUGAAUCAUUAAAUAGUUUCAAAGUUUCUAAUCGUCUUCUUAUCACAGGUACACCAUUACAAAAUAAUAUAAAAGAAUUGGCAGCUUUGGUGAAUUUCUUAAUGCCAGACCGAUUUAUGAUAGACCAAGAAAUUGAUUUUGAAAAACAAGAUGAAGAACAAGAAGAAUAUAUUAGGGAUUUACAGAAAAGACUUCAACCUUAUAUUUUGCGUCGUUUGAAGAAAGAUGUUGAGAAAUCAUUACCUUCCAAAACGGAAAGGAUUCUUCGAGUGGAGUUAUCUGAUUUACAGACCGAGUAUUAUAAAAAUAUAUUGACGAAGAACUAUUCUGCAUUGACAGCUGGUUCCAAAGGGGGACGUUUUUCUCUAUUAAAUGUAAUGAAUGAAUUGAAAAAGGCAUCCAAUCAUCCUUAUCUUUUUGACAAUGCGGAAGAACGUGUAUUGGAAAAAUUUGGGGCUGGUAACUCUUCUCGUGAAAAUGUCUUACGAGGUUUACUCAUGUCAUCAGGUAAGAUGGUAUUACUAGAUAAACUGCUUACAAGACUGAAAAAAGAUGGCCAUAGAGUACUGAUCUUUUCACAAAUGGUAAGAAUGCUGGAUAUAUUAGGUGAUUAUUUGUCCAUUAAGGGGAUAAAUUUCCAGCGUUUAGAUGGUACAGUUCCCUCUGCACAAAGACGUACUUCUAUCGACCAUUUCAAUGCUCCUGAUUCCACCGACGAUGUUUUCUUAUUAUCUACGAGAGCAGGUGGGUUAGGUAUCAAUUUAAUGACCGCCGAUACUGUUAUUAUCUUUGAUUCAGACUGGAAUCCACAAGCUGAUCUUCAGGCAAUGGCGAGAGCUCAUCGUAUUGGUCAAAAGAACCACGUCAUGGUAUACAGGUUAGUAUCUAAGGAUACAGUAGAGGAAGAAGUGUUAGAAAGAGCAAGGAAGAAGAUGAUUUUGGAAUAUGCUAUCAUUUCUUUGGGUGUUACUGAUGGUAAAAAACGUAAACAAGCCACUGAACCUAAUGCUGGGGAGUUAUCUGAGAUAUUGAAAUUUGGUGCUGGUAAGAUGUUUACUGUUAAAGAUAAUCAACAAAAAUUAGAACAUUUAAACUUGGAUGAUGUCUUAGACCAUGCUGAGAAUCAUGAGACUACACCGAACCUUGGCAAAUCUAAUCUUGGGGGUGAAGAGUUUUUAAAACAAUUUGAAGUAACAGAUUACAAAGCUGAUGUCGAUUGGGAUGAUAUUAUUCCAGAAGAAGAUUUGAAAAAACUAAAAGAUGAGGAACAGCAACAAAAGGAUGAUGAGUACGUCAAAGAGCAAUUAGAACUUAUGAAUAGAAGAGAACAUGUUCUAAGGAAAAUCAAGAAAAGUAUAAAUGAUGAUGAUGGGUUCGAUUCUGAGAAGGAAUUGUCUCGAUCGAAAAAGAAAAGAAGUGACAAUUCGAGUGAAUUAGAGGAGAGUGAUAUUCGGGCAUUAUACAAAUCAAUUUUGAGGUUCGGAGAUUUGAAUAAUCUAUAUGAGCAAUUGAUUUCAAAUGGUGUUUUACCGGCCAAACCAAUCGAAAAGUACGAGGAAUUGUAUGAGGAAUUGAUGGAUCUUGCCGAAGCAUCAGUCAAAGAAGAAAAUGAAAAGAAAAAUAAAAUACUUGCUAAGCUACAGGCAGAUGCAGAUAGAUAUCAAGGACUUCUCAAAUCAGGGAUAGUUGAAAUAAAAAGGAAUACAGAGGAUAAUGCAAUUACAAAGUUAGCUGCCAAAAGAAGGGAGAAGAAAGCUAUAUUGUUCGAAUAUGACGGAGUGAAAGCUUUAAAUGCUGAAUCGCUAAUUCACAGAGUUUCUGAUCUAAGAUUUCUUUCGACUAUUGUGAAAAGAGAUAAUAAUAAAAAACCAAUUUCAAUUGAUUUUAACAAUAAGAUGCCCAAACCAGCUCAAAAUUGGAGUUGUUCCUGGACCAAAGAUGAUGAUGAAAAGCUACUUCUAGGUGUCACAAAAUAUGGCUACGGGAUGUGGAGCAAAAUAAGAGAUGAUCCAUUUUUAGGUUUAACCAACAAGAUUUUCCUUAAUGAUGUCCAAAGUAAACGGACCAAGAAAAGUAGCCCUAAGAACACAGGGAAGAAAGUACCAAGCUCAAUACACCUAGGAAGAAGAGUUGAAUAUCUGAUAACGUUCCUAAAAGAUGAAUCGAAGCCAAACUCUCUAACGUCGAGUCCAACACCGACACCGACGACAACUUUAACUAUAAGAAAGCCACCUUCCUCAGCAUCACAUAGAAGCAAUCGACCAUAUACUCCCAUUUCCCGAAGUAAAUCUACUAGUAGAGCAGAUCUUGAUUCAUUCAUGAAAAAAUUACCUUCCGGACCAGCCAAAAAGAAGAACGUUGAUGUUGAGACCUUUAUGAAAACGUUACCGACAGGACCUAAAAAGAGAGGACCUGAUAGUGGAAAUGAUUCGCCUCAUUCUGAUAGUCAAAAACGUUUAAAACCACUUCCCAAGGCACCAGCUGCAUUACUUAAGAAUCAUAACGAUAAAAACACUCUGAUACCUACUCCACCGCCAUCAACUGGAUAUCAGAAUAGAUCUUCUACAGCACAUGAAAAGGAAUAUGAAAGUAUGGAUGAAGAAGAAUGUAGGCAUUGUAUGGGGACGUUACGUACAUCGUUUAGAAAGUUAAAGAGAGGUGGCAAGGGACUUGAUCGUAAGGAGUGGGCAAGAAUUUUGAAGCAUGAAUUGUCAAUAAUUGGUGAUUUCAUAGAACAACAGAAGGAUUCCGCUAUGAAACUUUCGCCAGAAAAAUUCCAAAAACAUUUGUGGUCUUAUAGCGCUAAUUUUUGGCCUGUGGAUGUUGAGAGUUCGAAAUUGAUGAAUAUGUAUAAAAAGCUGAAAGAAGCACAGCAAAAGACAACGAUCCCUACUGCGCCUAAAAGCGCUUAA